GAAUUGUAAAUGUGUCCUUGAAACGCCCAUGGAGACUUUAAAAAAGUGCCUGAAAACUAAACCAAAAAAGCCUACCGAAAUGUAGCUAAUAUCCGAGAGGAUAAACUUGGUGUGAGUUAAAAAUGAGCCUAAUUUGUUGUGAUUCAGGAGUGGGGAUGUAAAUAGAAUGGUGAAACUCCUUUAGAAUCUAAACGUCAACUUAAAAUAUAAAAAUCACUCAUCUAGUACAGGGCCAGAAAUAAUAAAAAAAAAAAAAAAAAGUGGCUGUUUAAUAACCCUUCCCCACCCGGUUUUUGUAUUUUUUUCAUAAUUUGCACUUUUGGAGAAACUUUCAUUUAAAAGUUUUCAAAGCAUGUCACAAUGUCCCUGUGAGAGCGAUGUGUAUUAUAUCACUCUUCUGAGUUUAAAGGCUCAGGGUCACACGCAAAGGCUCUGUAUACAUACUAAAGUUGCGUCAGUUGAGCUAGAAUAAAUGUCUUAAAUCGAUUUGGAUAAACUCAUGCAAAUGGCUCUAUGGGCUCUUUUAAAUCUGUUUACACCUGGGUUGUGUCAAUAUAGUUUUAAGCUGAUUCCUUCUCAAUUUAAGUUAUAAUACAUAUAAGCAACAGAAAAUUGAUUUAAGAGUAUCCACACAGAGGUUUGCAGUGGUUUAAGUAAAUAGAUAUGUUUUAAAAAAUUAAACUGAUACAAGUUUUGUAUCUAAACAAGGCCUGUGUCUGUGACGGAUCUGAGAAUGGAACUCCAUCUACCAGCUGGCACUUCCGUGUCACAGGAAUAGGUGCCUUAAAAAUAAUGGACACAAUCUGACAAAUUUGGGCCCCUCAGCCUGUACAGAGCCCCAUGGACUUCAGUGUGUCAAUGCGGAGUGGUUUGUAAUAAUGGAACCUAAAAUGGCUAGUUCUGUAUGCUCAGAAUUAGCACUCUCUCCCAGUGAAAAUAUACUGGUCUGUUUUUAGUCCUUUUUGUUUUCAGGUUCUCUUUUGUAGCUUGCUACAAGGGUCUGUUUAAUGUGGGUUGCAGGGGAAACCCUCUCAACUGAAACUGAACAUUCAUAAAAACACUUCUGUUAUAGGUGAUACCUGACAUUUACAUCCUUUCAUCUGUGAAGGCUCCCAAAAGAUUUUAAAUACCUCUUUUAAAAAAGCUUUCUGCACUUGGGCGGCCUUCGCACUGCUUUGUACAAUUACAUUUUUGCUAGAAAAAACCAAGGGACUUUUAUCUUGAGACUGGAAGAUACGGAUCAAAGUCGCAUUGUGGCUGGGGCUGCGGAAGGAAUAGAGGAUAUGCUGGAUUGGGCAGGUAUCCCACCUGAUGAAAGCCCUCGCAAAGGAGGCCCGGUCGGACCCUACCAGCAGUCUCUCAGACUUGAGCUGUAUAAGAAAGCCAGCAAGUUUCUUCUGGAGAAUGGUGCUGCCUACCGCUGCUUUUGCACCCCUCAGCGCCUGGAACUGCUGAAGAAGGAUGCGCUACGGAAUCGUCAGACACCACGGUAUGACAACAGGUGCCGACACUUGAGCUCAGAGCGAGUGGCUGAGAAGUUGUCGCAGCGCUCUGACUACGUGGUCCGCUUCCGUUUGAAGGAAGGUGUGGAGCCCUUUCAUGAUCUGGUCUAUGGAUGGAGCAAGCAUGAAGUGGCUACUGUGGAAGGUGACCCGGUGAUCUUAAAAGGGGAUGGCUUCCCCACAUACCACCUGGCAAAUGUGGUGGAUGACCAUCACAUGGGAAUUAGCCACGUUCUCCGUGGAACUGAGUGGCUUACUUCAACAUCCAAGCACCUUCUUAUCUACAGAGCCUUUGGCUGGGACCCUCCUCGGUUUGGCCACCUUCCGUUGCUCUUGAACAAAGAUGGCAGUAAACUGUCCAAAAGGCAGGGAGACAUUUUUCUAGAACAUUUUGUUCAAGAUGGCUGCUUGCCGGAAGCUCUACUGGACAUUGUCACCAACUGCGGCUCUGGAUUUGCAGGCAAUCAGAUGGGCAGGACACUGGAGGAGCUGAUCUUGGAGUUUGAUGUGGGCAGAAUUACCACCCACUCAGCCCUGCUGGAUCUUGACAAACUCCUAGAAUUCAACAGGAUUCACCUGGUCCAGCAGAUUGGAGAUGAGAGGGUACGACGAAAGCUGGUGACGGAGCUGCAGAUGAAGGUGGAGCAGGUCUAUGGUGAUCGGCUUGUGGACAGAGAGGUUUUAGAGAAGGAUUAUGUGGAGCGAGUCCUCCUACUGAGAAAAGGUCACAUAAGCCGCCUGAAGAACUUGGUGGCGCCUGAGUAUUCUUACUUAUGGGUCAGGCCCUCAGUGUCCCGAGAGCAGCUGCAAACCAUUUCAGCAGAAGUAGAUGAGAUAGGAAAGCUAGUCAUAGGGCUGAUGGAAGGGCAGACUGCUGCCCUGACUACAGAAGGGUUGAAUGAAGACCUGAGAGGCCUACAGGAGCAGACAAGAGGGACCAAAUACAGCAGCAUGAUGAAACUCCUCCGCUUGGCCCUCAGUGGACAGCAGAUAAAGCCACGGACCCAAGCAUCUCUGAAGAAAACUGGGAAUGUAUCCAGCGGUUCUGUGACCAGCCCGUCCAUUGCACCCAGACUGCUAGCGCAUAAGAUACAGUCGCCUCAGGAGAUGGAAGCUCUUCAUGCCUUAACAGUGCUGGAGACAUGUGUGAAUAACUGUGGAGAAAGGUUUCACAAUGAAGUGGCAAAAUUCAGAUUUCUGAAUGAACUGAUUAAAGUGCUGUCCCCGAAGUAUCUUGGAACCUGGUCUGCAGAAAAGGUCAAAUCGAGAGUCAUAGAAAUAAUGUUCAGUUGGACCGUUUGGUUUCCUCAGGAAGUUAAAAUCCGGGACGCUUAUCAGAUGCUGAAGAAACAAGGAGUCAUAAAACAAGACCCCAAACUCCUAGAAGACAAAAUUUUACCACCUCCUUCUCCGAGACCUAAGAAUUCUAUUUUUGAUGUUGAUGAAGAGAAAUCCAAGCUCUUAGCAAGACUUCUAAAGAGCAACCACCCUGAGGACCUGCAGGCAGCCAACAGGCUGAUCAAGAGCAUGAUUAAAGAGGAACAAGAAAAAUCUGCCAAGGUGUCCAAAAGACUGAAUGCAAUUGAUGAGGUUCACAACAGCGUUAAGCUUCUGGGUGAAAUGCUGACCAGCUACAAGAGGCAGGAGUUACCCAAAUCUGACCUACAGAUUCUGCAGAGCCUGUUUGAACGCUGUGAGAAGCUCAGGCCGCUGCUCUUCCGCCUUGCCAGCGAGACUACUGAAGAUGACGAGGCUUUGGCAGAGAUUCUCCAGGCCAAUGACAAACUCACCCAGGCGCUCGACUUGUACAGGCAGGUUGGAGUGGGCUGUGACCAGGGCAGGAGGAGUUCGGUGACCAUCUCCACGGAUGCCUCAGCACCUCGGUCCCCGCUGGGCAGUACGAAGAGUUACACACUGAUCGACUUCUCCGAGCUGGGUUCCACGUUCGAGUCUCUCUCGGAGCAGAGCGUGAACGCGACAGCUGCCACUCAGCACAGCAGCACCUCCGCCUGCCUGCUCGACGAGGAACUAAUGUCAUUAGGUCUCAAUGAAUCCCCUGUUGGACAGAGGCCGUCACCUGAUUUCAGCUCAGUACAGAGUGCUGGGCACAAUGGAUAUAAUCAAACCGGAAAUGCCGAUACCCAUCAAACCAUGGUGCUGGGGGAUAGCUGGCAGGGUGGCUCACCAGAGAGGAGUGCGCUUCAGGAUUUGGCAGGGCAGCUGUCUCCACCUCCUGUGACCAGGCCAUUUCCAAUGAACUUACCACCAGUGCAACUGUCCCCGGCAGGCCUUCCAAGCAGCUUAGCUGCAGACGCUUUGUUCUCUGACCCAGCCUAUGAGUUGAAACCUGCUGCUCCUUCGCAGCCAGCUGCCCACGAUGCUGCUUUGGCAAACCUUUUUGUCCCACUCACUUCAAUUACACCGAGCCAUAUCCCUCCAGUUACAGUGUAUGAUCAAGAUGGUUUCAAGGUCAUGAUCCAUUUCUCCAGAGACCUAGCCCCUGGGCGACCAGAUGUACUGGUGAUGGUGCUCUCCAUGCUGAGCACAUCCACUCAGCCAAUUAAGGACAUUGUGUUCCAGGCUGCGGUCCCAAAGGUUAUGAGAGUAAAGUUGCAGCCGGCGACUGGUUCUGAGCUUCCUGCCUUCAGCCCUUUGCUCCCUCCAGCUGUGAUAUCCCAGGUUCUGCUGCUCGCCAACCCACACAAAGACCCCAUCCGAUUACGGUACAAGCUCAUGUUCACGCAGGGCGAGCGGCCCUUCAGCGAAGUGGGGGAGGUGACUGGCUUCCCGGAGGCCGAGCUGUGGGGCCGGAGCUGAACUGCUGCUUUGAUGGAACGUGGACAUUGCCGCAUCGCCUUAGCACCGCUCUGUGGGGAGUCGCCUGUGAAGGGCAGCGAGAGCCUCUGCCCUGUGUGUGUGGCUGGGGGAGGCGCCCAGCACCCAGAAAGCCAGGGUGGGCUCCAGGCUGGCUGCUCUCCUCGGGGCCCAGUCUCCCAUUCCUGCUCGGGUUUUCCUUGUGGGCACCUGGUAGGAGGGAGUGCAAACCAGCUGCUCCUGCUCUUUGCCUUACUGCAGCGUUCAUCCCUCCAGUGGCUGGAUGCUCCUUUCCUACCAGCAUUUCUGCUUUCUCCUGCUUGUUGAGCCGUUUCACCCUCUGGCCUCUUUGAAAACAAUUCCCUGAUUCAGGCCCGGUUUGCUCCCAGGGCGGAGCAGCUCUUGAUGCUGGUGUCCGCAGUAUCUGGGGAUCAAUGCUCUGACCUCGCAGUGAUGGGCGUGGUGUGAACCACUGGGUAUAGAACGGAACGACUGUGGCUUGAAAGGGGGUGGAUCCAUAAGCCAAACCUCUUGGGUGUUACCACAGCCUCAGCACUGCAAGGCGCUGUGUCCUCGCUCCUUCCCUGGGACCCUUGGUGUCUUCUCAGCCUCACCGUGAUUCCUGAGGCAGCCUCCAUGCUGGGGAGCAUCCUGCGGGGAGCUCUCAUGGGCAGGGCCCACUGCAGCAUGUGGGUUUGUGUCUAUGCAAAGCUUACGUUUCCUUCCUGGUCACUCAAAACUUAAGGGGGGAAAUGUAUAAAGAAUUUCACUGCUGCACAAGUGGAAAUGUGGAUCAAGUCCUAAGGCACCUGAGCUGCUCCACGGGGAGAGCGUGUCUGGAGAAAUCACUUUGUACAUCCAUGUCUAGACAAACCUCUGCUUAGGCCAGCUCUCCCCUUGUUCCCCCUGUGCUGGGAAGCAGAGGAGAAAGGACCCCCUGCGCUGUUAUUGGUGGAACGUGCCCAGCCAGCCAGCAAACCCAGCGUCCUGAGCGUCAGGUUUUAUAUGAUGCUGGACUUGCGCAUUUUUAAAUCAAAGUAUUUUUGACUCCUGGUUGUCAUUGUUGCUGCUGGUGCCUGAAAUGCCAGAGUGUUAUUCAUCCCCAGCUCGGUGGAGUCUGGCCACGUAGGGUGCUCGCUGUCUGAGCUUUUUUUUCCUGUACAGAGCACUGGGUUCCCAGGCAGAACCCGAAUAAACAGUGUUUGCUUUGA